AAACAAGACCUACCAAGAGCCUAUCAUGGCACGUCUUGGCCAUGCAAGUCGAAGGUGUGGACAGAUUUUUGUGCAGUGGGGUGGAUUGAAGGGGAUUGGUUCAACAGAAGCGACUGCAGGCCAGUUGUUCCAUCCUUUGUGGUUGCGCCUGAACGACCCCGGUCAGAUCACUCGGAACCAGCAGCGGCUCUUUGAGAUGUCCGGUGUCGUGGAUCGAAGAAACAGCUGGGAGGUGGCUGAUCUGAAGAAUGAAGAGCAGCGACUUUCGGUGCAGUGGGGCGAUGGUGCUCAGAGUCAUUAUCCCUGGAGUUGGCUUGCAGAGCAUGCUGCUGCCGGAGUUGCUACAGAUAAGCAGCUGAAGCUUGCCGUUCCCAAGCAUCUUUGGGAUCAAAGCUUUCAAAGUACCUUGCCACGCAUGGAUUAUGAAGCGCUGCUGACCCGCAGUGGCAAGCUUCAGUUAUGUACAUACUUGGAAAGGUACGGCUUGGCUUUUGUUAGUGGUUUGGGUGUCGCCGAGGGCACAGUAGACAAGGUUGGAAAUUACAUUGGUCACGUGCGAGUCACAAACUAUGGUGCAAUCUUCGAUGUCAAGGAUGAUGGUGCCAAGGCAACCAACCUGGCCUUCACAAAUCAAAGGAUCUCAGCCCACACCGACAACCCUUACCGAGACCCCUUCCCUGGAAUACAAAUGCUGCACUGCCUCAGCUGUGCAGAGGAAGGUGGCGCUACCCUUUUCACCGAUGGCUUUAGUGUGGCCCAAAGGCUCAAGAGUUUGGAUUCCUCUGCUUUCCACCUGCUUUCAAGCAUUGAACACCCAUAUGAAUACAGGGAUCCAGAUGCCGCUGUCCUGCUACGCGCCAGCGUGCCCGUGAUCAAGCUUUGCAACGAGGAAGUCGAACGGGUCACCUUCAACAACCGAUCUGCAGCGCCGCUGCAGCACGAGGAGCUGCAGCGCUACUACGAGGCCUGGGCCUUGUUUGAUCGCUUGGCCAAUUCCAUGGAGUUCACCGUCAAGGCGCACUUGAAGCCUGGAGAGUUAGCGAUUUGGUCCAAUGGCCGCGUGAUGCACGGACGUGAGGGCUACGAACGUGGUGCUCCACGGCAUUUGCAAGGGGCCUACCUGGAUUCUGAUGAGAUCCAGUCCGCAGUUCGGGCCGCCCUAUCCGAAGGAGAAGACUUGGAGAGGUUCAGCAUCCACCAGGUAGAGUGAAAGGUCGUGAACAAAGCAACUUAAUCCAGGUCAUGUCACAUGCCACUUGGACCGCAUCGAGGAACCAGCUCUUAUGAUUCCAAGAUGAAUGCUCCCGUGCAUCCACGGACGUGCAUCUUGAAACCCGAGGAAGUUCAUUUGCACAGAAAUGCAGCCACCAGUGCGCGAUUUGCAGCCG